UCUGCUGCGAGAGAGCGUACUAGGAAGAUGCAUGUUGCCGUCGCUUUACUGACUUUGAUUGUUGUGUCGACGUCGGGCACUUGGUGGCAGAUCGGAGAAGACCUCAUGGAGCAGGCAGAACUCUACGGCUCUGCCUUUACGGUCACAUGUUCCAAGUAUAACUUGACUGCUGAGCAGGAGAGACAGUGCAAGGAGCCAUUCAACCGCGACUUUGUGAUCAGCAUGGGCCAAGGUGUCAACGUCGUUGCUCGCCACUGUAACCAGACGUUCAAGAACAGAAAAUGGAACUGUUCCUAUUUCGGUGGAAAUCACCCGUUCGGUCGGAUUGCAUAUCAGGAGAGCCGAGAGACUGCCUACUUGUUUGGCAUCACAUCCGCCAUGGCGAUGUAUACCGUCACUCGAAACUGCGCGAAAGGCAAGAUAGACAACUGCGACUGCGGUCCGAAUCCUCGCGAUGAUGCUGACAAACGCGAGGGCUUCACGUGGGGACGAUGCACCGAGGACGUGAAGUUCGGUCUCGACGUGACGGAGCGAUUUAUCGACGCAGCAGAGAGACCCAACAGCGGGGGCGGCUACGAUGCAACAGAGCUGAUGAACCUUCACAACAACGAGGCAGGCAGACUGAUGGUCAAGAACGACAUGGUGAGAGUUUGCCAGUGUCACGGCUUUUCGGGAUCAUGCGAAGUAAAAACCUGCUGGAAAGAGAUGAUUCCUUGGAAGGAGGUAUUCGAGAAUUUAAAGGACAAGUACGACAGCUCAGUAAAAGUAGAACUGGACAAGCGAUCGAACAGACUAAGGAACUACCAUGCCAGCGACAAGCGAUUCCAAGACGAAGACAUGGUCUAUCUCAAAGACUCGCCAAACCUCUGCGACUACAACCAGGUGACAGGAUCGCUAGGAACACAAGGUCGAAAUUGCUCGUCGAAAAGCAAUGUCGACAACUCUUGCACUGUACUCUGUUGCGGCCGUGGCUAUGUCACACGAGAAAGCAUCGAAGAAUCAUCCUGUUACUGUCGACUCAAGGGAUUUAGACUACAUUGUGAAACAUGCACAAAACCGAUAAUAGAACACUUUUGUAAAUGAUCUUAGUCCCAAGCCUCUUCUAGUGCUCAACAUAUGAGAUGCCAGACAAUUAAAAGUUUCCUAUUCUAAGUCUUCCAUGUAUAUAGAAGGACAAGUUUGCAGUAGCCAUAACGAUCAGCAUUUCAAAGCUUUAGGUAACCAGACUAGUUGGCUGUCCUUACUUUUCUACAGUUUAUUUAUAGAAAAUAGAUGGUGUAGAUGUGUUCAACCUGA